AUGUCUGACAUGAAUGCAACGGUCCAAGAGACCAAGACUGGCUUUCACGUCGAAGGGUACGAGAGGAUCUCCUACGACUUUACCUUCAAAGAUGAGGUCUUCAACGUCAAGAACCACGAGCUGGCCGAUUGCUACAAGCGAUGGGGUCGCGCAUUGGCCGUCAUGGACGCCAACGUCUAUCGCGUCUAUGGAUCAACAAUCGAGCGUUACUUUGAACACUACGGCCUCACGCUCAAGGUUCACCAAACCAAAAUCGGCGAGAAAGCGAAGACGAUCCCAACCUUCCUGUCAAUUGUGGACUCGAUGACAGAGUUCGGCAUCAUCCGCAAGGAGCCAGUGUUGGUGGUUGGAGGUGGCCUUGUGACUGAUGUUGCUGGCUUCGCGUGUGCGGCGUACCGCAGGAACACCAAUUUCAUCCGAGUACCGACCACCGUCAUUGGUCUGAUAGACGCCUCGGUCUCCAUCAAGGUUGCAGUCAAUUAUGGCAAUUACAAGAAUCGAUUGGGUGCCUAUCAUGCUCCCAUGCACACCUUCCUUGAUUUUACCUUCCUCCGCACCCUACCUACUGCGCAAAUCCGCAACGGUUUUGCCGAGCUUAUCAAGAUCUCCACCUGCUCACACCUUGAUACAUUCAAUCUCCUUGAUAGAUACUGCGAACAAUUGAUCGACACUGGGUUUGGUCGAAAGAAUGGCGCAUCAAAGGAGGUCAUUGAGGCCGCCGAUAAGAUCAACAGAGAGGGCAUCUUCGAGAUGUUGAAACUUGAGACACCCAAUCUUCAUGAGAUAGGACUUGACAGAGUCAUCGCCUACGGACACACCUGGUCACCCAUGCACGAGCUCGUCCCCUCUACCCCCCUCCGUCACGGCCACGCCAUCAGCAUCGACAUGGCCUACUCGGCCACCCUCGCCAACUCGCGCAACCUCCUCUCCGACAAAGACCACCGUCGGAUCCUCUCCCUCUUCUCCCGCGCCGGCCUCUCCAUGGACCAUCCCCAAUUCGACUCCGAGAUUCUCGAAAAAGGCACCGCCGCGAUCCUUAAGACGCGGGAUGGCAUCCUCCGCGCCGCCGUCCCCUCCCCACUCGGCUCCUGCAAGUUCAUCAACGACGUCGACGCCAAGGAAAUGAACGAUGCCCUCGUCCGGCACAAGAAGCUCAUGCAGGAGUACCCGCGGAAUGGAGAGGGACUGGAGGCGUACGUAGAUGCCAGCGAUACGGGGUAUACGGAGAACAACGAUGAGGCGAUGGAGGCAUUGGAGAAGGCGGCGGAGGUUGCGGGGGAUAUCAAUGACAAUACGACGAUUAAGGCGGGGAGCGUGCCUGAUGAUAUCGUCGAUGGGGGUGAGAAAGGCGCUGCUAAGGUUUUCGAUUUGCUGUCGAAGGGACGAGGGGGUGGUGUGGACGGCGGGUUGAGCAAUGGGGUCAAUGGGUUUGUUAAUGGAAAUGGGGAGGCGAGAUGA